AAUUUUAAGAGUUUGACUUGUCUAUUAUCUAUAUGUAUAUUAAAGCUGGAAGAAAUGGAUGAGCAAGAUUGGAUCCUUUUAAAGCAGUGACAUCCUGGAAAGAAGUAAAUAUGUACUAUGGAACAGUGGACUCUGUUCUUGAAAGUAGGAGUGGGGGACCUGGUAUUCCAUGGACGUCACUGGUAUACUGGUAUACAGAACAUAUAAUCAGGGACUGAAGGAAAUUCACCCAGUUUGUAAAGACCAUUCGUGUGGGAGAGUCGUUUCAUCGUUCGUCUUCGUUCGAAUUCACGUGAAUUUUAUCCAACACAUUUUCUUUUCUUUUUUUAAUACUUGGUUGAUUAAUGAGUAAUUCUUAACCUUAAGACUCGUUUCCAUAUCAUUUGUACAUACAUUCUGAGUCAUAAAACUAGUGUUUCUGUCAAGAGUCUUCAUUACACGAGUUUUUCGUAUACGUGAUAGAUCGAAUUCUCCAGAUUAACAAUACGUAAUAAGAGGUGUAUUUGUGACAGCUAUUAAAACUAAAAGUGAAACAGCGAUGAAGAUCUUAAGAACUGCUACGCUGUUCAUUGUCAUUCUGGGAUGUUGUGCCCUCAGUGUCACUGCGUCCGCGAUCCCUAUGUGGGAAUUCCUCUCCAGGGGUGAGAAAGCAAGCUAUUUGUUAAGAAUGUUCAGCAUGCAAGUGGCCAAAUAUUGUGCGGACUCAUCGAUGCCAGAUUGCAAUAAAAAUUUAUUGGUUGCUGGGAUGCGGAACUUGGCUAACAUGGAUAAUAAUGUUCUUGAUAGAUUGGAUCCGUAUCAACGUAACGCGAAAGAACUUAUUUGGCGGGCCAUGAUAAAAAAUGCAUACUCUCCAAGAUUCGCUCCCAAACUGGAUGAAUUUUAUUUCUCUAUCAGAACGGAUUCAUUGGCUAUCGACGAUAGCGAUGUAAAUGGUAUAGCAGAAGAAAUGGCAACAAACAAUUAUAUUCGACCAUCCUCAGAGCACACUGGCCCUUAUCUAGUUGGACCAAUGGUAAUUCGAGUGUAUCCGGAUGGUCGACCAGUUCCAGAAGAUUCGACACGCUCUCUGCCUCGAGACGAAGAUGCGGAAGAAUUCAGGCAUUCUCGAAUACCCUCAAUCGAAGAAAUUGAAGCUGACAGUGAAUUUUAUGAGAAACGAUUGAAAGGGAACUCGUUUGCGGAGACCAAUAGUCAUCGACGGUCUCAAGAAGAAUCUGCUCAUUUCCGAAAUAAUUAUCCACCAUUUAAGAGACGAUUACCUGAAGAAAUGAAUGCAAAGCGUAAGAUACAGUAUCAUUGAAAGGAGAAAUGUUUAAAUUAGCGUUAAAGAGUUGAAAAAUCCCAUUAUAGAGUAGGCAAUGUGAAAUUUGUUGAAUGUUGAAGUUUAAAAAUAAUGACGAAAUAGAAAAACAUGUUUCUGUUUCUAAAAAGGAGUCGAAAUUAUCGGAAAGUAUAGGAAGAUAAUCGUAGAUAUAUAGGUAAUAAUGAAAUUUACUUGAUAAAAAUGACAUGUUGAAAGUCUUAAAGCGGUAUGGAGAGUAAUAUCUUUAAUAGGUAUGAUGAAAACAUUUCAUAAGGGUUCAGAUCAGUUUGUACACCUUUUUACACUCAAAGUUGUCGUGGUUAUUUCUUGUAGUUGUGAAAAACUGGUCUUUCAUAAAAUAAGUAGCAUUAAGAAUUGUUUGACUGUAAUAAUUUGAUGAUUAAUUCUUGACACAAGAGUUAAUAUUUCAAACGUUAGCCAGUUAUUGAACAAUUUAUUGAACGUAAGGCAAUGAGUGAAGAGUGAUAUUUUUCGACAAUUCAUCCGUACAUCGUUAGAUAAUAAUUUCGUAAAGUUUAAUGGCGAUAAGUUUGAAAAGACUGCUUUUGAUAAUGGUAUUCAUAUGUUUCGUACUAACAAUUAUAUGGGUUUUCAAAAACAUUUAAUAGAGUACGUAAUAUUAGAAAGUUAAGUUGACGAUUGGUCGACAGUCAAAUUGUUCAUAAUUUUCGAUCUUAAAUAAGUAUUUUAGUAAGUUCUUCGAAUCAUUACAUAUACUCUUCUUUAUAUAUAUCUGUACACGUUAUAGGUAAAUAAUGUCGACCAUGAAUAUUUCUAAUUGCGCAGUAUUUCCCAUUAAUUUAUUAUUUAUUUUGUUAUCCGUGAAAGUAUCAUUUAUCUUUACAAUGAUUUCAUUUGUAAUUUCGCUUAUAUCUACAUUAUGAUUCAAAUAAGCAUGAAAAUAGGCAAGUCCUUUUUAUUACAUGAGAUUUCUUCAAAUCUCAAUUAGAUUCUCAAUUGUUCUAUUCGCUUUUAAGGUACAAGUUACGGCACAAGGGAACUUACCUCGCUGAAAAUUUGUUAUUUUUCAUGCUGAGUGAAUAUAUACGUACAAAACUCACAUAUAACAUAAUGUUAGCGGAAUAUAUUCUCACUCGUACAAUAAUACCUGCAUUCGAAUAUUUUAUUCGUUGAAAUAAAAUAUUUAUUACAAAAUCAUGCAGCGAAGUUCGAGAACGUAUUCUAAGCACGUAAUUUGAAUUUUCAUGUAAAAAAAUUUCUAAGUCCGUAAUAUUUGGUGUUGUGACAUUUUCGAUAUUCGUAUUUGCACAAAGAAUGAUAUUAGAAUUUUUCUUUUUCUUUUUUAGCAUAAUGCGUCCACAUUUUAUACGAACACGUAAUAAUGUAGAUUUUGUAUAAAACUUCAUAAGUAUUUACAAAAUUUGUUAUCAAGUUAACGGUUGAAACGCGCGCGCGCGCGCGUGUGUGUGUGAGAGAGAGAAUGAAAGAGAAAUAAUUGAUCAUUGCGAAUGUUUUUAAGCAUAUAUAAAUGAUUUAAAAUAAAAUGUGAUAUUUGACUGAA